UUGCUAAGUAAGACUUGCAAAAUUAAAUAUAAACUUUACAAAUCAUGUAAUAACCUACGGUAUACGAUGAAUCCAAUACCUGAAAUUUUAUAAUAAUAUUCACAGUUCAAAAUAAGAGGUAACAGACACAAAAAUGGAUUGCGUAACAAAAAGAUUUAAAACUCACAAUUUAAAUGUUUUGAAAACUGUUGGAAAAGGAACUUAUGGGUAAGUACAGAGAGUAUACUUUUUGUCUACUUAUCCCAAUGUGAGCGCAUGUAUCAUUAAGUCAAGAGUUUGUCAAUUGUUUUCAGAAACGUUUAUUUAUGUGAAAAGCGUGAUACUGCUGAGUUAACUAUUGUAAAGGACAUUGAAUUAAACAUUAAGCUUCAGGAUCAUAAACAAGACAUAGCAAAUGAAAUAAAGAUUUUAUCUUCGUUGAAUCACUCGAAUGUUAUCAAGUUUUAUGCUUGUUAUUACAAUGGUAAUCAUGUGAUGAUAUCCAUGGAAUACGCCACUAGCGGGAAUCUAGCGGAAUACAUGUAUCAUAGGUAUCCAAAACUUUUGAAACAGCAGGAAAUACUUUUUUAUUUCUGUCAAAUUUUAUUGGGAGUAAACUACAUCCAUAGUCAGAAUAUAAUUCAUAGAGACUUAAAAGCAGAGAAUAUUCUAUUAACUGGCAAAAAUGGUGUUCUGGUAAAGAUAGGUGAUUUUGGCAUUUCCAAAAUGUUAGCAAGUGCCAAGAAGACAUCGACUGUAAUAGGAACUCCUUAUUACUUGGCUCCAGAAUUAUGUGAAGGCAAACCUUAUUGUAACAAAAGCGAUGUCUGGGCUCUAGGAUGCUUGCUUUACGAAAUGUGCACUCAUAAGAGAGCUUUUGAGGCAGAGACUCUGGUGGGAUUAGUAAAAGCAAUCACCAGUGGAAAUGUACAUCCAAUUGAUUUGGCAAUAUAUGACAGAGGCAUGCAGGAUCUUGUUGACUCAAUGCUGUCAGUCUUACCGGACAAACGACCAUCUAUCAAAGAACUUAUGGGACGAAUGGUAUUACUACCUGAUAUUUAUACUGUUUAUUUAGAUGCUGGCAAUGAUGACUUAUUAUAUUUAAAAGCGAGACAAUUUGUAGAAAUUUAAAUAAAAUAAUAAUGAUAACAUAAUGAA